CACAGAUUUGAACGGUCAGGAUUGUUUUUGGUGAAGGUGGGGGACCCCCCUACCCAAUAUACCAACUAUAUGUCCUUUUGACACAACGGUGAACUUGUCAAACAACCCAGUCAGUCAGAGGGGUUGGUGUGGACAAGGAGGAAAAAUAGCACAAAGAGGUGAUUUGAGUCAACACAUAUUAGGGUUUACCCCCUCCCUUCAAGAUCAGAGCCGAUUGUGAGGUUCAUCUCAAUCUGGGUAUCAGCUGAAUUGCUGGUUUUUAUCUGAUAUCUUGCUCUUGGCUGAGGCAUCAUCCAAGUAUUCCAGCUGCGAGUUGCUUAAUCAAAUACUUGGCUACUGUUUCUGCAACGUAAAUCCAAAGGACGUUUAGUUUCCACAGUUGCCAUUUUCUGUCACUGCCCUCGGAUUGUUUGAUACUUUCAUCCUUCCUUGAACAUUGAUUGAAUUAGAAGGAAAAAUGGCUUUAAUUAGACCCCAAGAUAGAUAUCCCAGAUCAUAUGGAAAUCCCAAACUCUACGCACUAAAUGGAAGCAAUGAAAGCUCCGGCAUUUCCACUCCAAUAUUCAACUCUGAAUCGUGUAGCAGUGAGAGUUCUGAUCCGAAGUACUUCCUUGACUCUCCCACCGAAGAAUUUAUACAUUCUGCACUCUCUAGUGAGUCAGUAAACCGUUUGCACCCUGGAAUCCGAAGUACUUCCAAGAUUGAACAAAGCACAUUCCCAUUUAAUCGUUUUGAGUCAGAAUACUUGGAAAGUCAAAGUCCAGAUGCGAUAGACUACGAUGAGGAUAAGAUGAGAUUAAAGCUUCGAGAACUGGAGAGAGCACUUCUCGAUGAUAACGAUGAUGAUGAUGAAGAUGACGAUCAAAGCAUGGAGAUCGACCGUGAAUGGCCCCGCCAACAUUUCUGUGGUCCAUUGCUUCACGACUCACCAAAGGAGUCUACGUCCUCGGAUUCUAUUCUCAGCACCAUCAGCAGCACGAAAGAGGUAUCACCAAGAAACUUUCCCGGGAGCCACAAGCAGCUGCUGUUCGAUUGCGCAGUGAUGAUAUCGGAGGGAAACAUUGCAGAAGCAUCUAGGGUGAUAAAUGAUCUCCGACAGAGGGUCUCGAUCCAAGGGGACCCUACUGAUAGAAUUGCUGCUUACAUGGUGGAAGCCCUAACGGCUCGUUUGGCUGCCUCGGGAAAAGGCAUUUACAAGGUUUUAAAAUGCAAAGAACCCCCGUCCAACGACCGUUUAUCAGCAAUGCAAGUCCUUUUUGAGGUGUGCCCUUGUUUUCGGUUCGGAUUUAUGGCGGCAAACGGUGCAAUUAUUGAGGCAUCUAAAGACGAAAAACGGAUUCAUAUAAUCGAUUUUGAUGUAAACCAAGGGAGUCAAUACCUAACACUAAUACAAUCUCUCGCAAAACAACUACCGAAAAAUCGGCGGCCAUACUUGAUGAUUACCGGGAUUGAUGACCCGGAAUCAGUCCAACGAUCCAUCGGGGGUUUAAACCUCAUUUUCCAAAGGCUUGAGAAACUGGCUGAAGAUCUUGAUGUGCCAUUUGAGUUCCAAGUUGUGGCUACAAAAGCUGCUGUUGUCGCUCCAGAAGUACUUAACUGCCACUCUGGGGAAGCACUUAUUGUUAACUUUGCUUUUCAGCUUCAUCACAUGCCCGAUGAGAGUGUUUCCACUGUAAACGAACGGGACCAGCUUCUUCGUAUGGUCAAGAGCUUAAACCCAAAGCUCGUUACAGUUGUUGAACAAGAUAUGAACACAAACACCUCCCCCUUUUUGCCUAGGUUUGUCGAAGCUUAUAAUUACUACGCGGCUGUUUUUGAUACUCUUGAUGCGACUCUUCCAAGGGAUAGUCAGGAGAGGUUGAAUGUGGAGAAGGGGUGUUUGGCGCGUGAUCUUGUGAAUAUCGUUGCAUGUGAGGGAGUGGAAAGGAUAGAGAGGUAUGAAGUUCAUGGGAAAUGGAGAGCGCGGAUGAUGAUGGCUGGUUUUACCUCGUGUCCGAUUAGUUUGAAUGUGAACGAAUCGAUUCGGAUGCUUAUAAAGCAGUAUUCUGACCGGUUCAAGGUGAAAGAUGAAAUGGGAGCGCUUCAUCUUGGAUGGGAAGAUAAAGUCUUGAUUGUUGCUUCGGCUUGGCGGUAGUUAAUGGCAUUGUUGAAACCUGAAACUAUUUAGUAACUUUUCUAUCUUUGAACCAGUGUUAUCUGUUUGUAGCUAUACUAGAACUUGUUAAUGUGACUUUAUUUGAAUUUGUAGACUAUGUAAGUUGUUUGAGUAGAAUUUAGGGAUGUAAAUGCCUAAUAGCCGUUCUCCUUUUUUGUCUAUUUAUUGUACUUCUCUUUUCUUUUUAACUCUUGUUACGUCCUGUUAUGUUGAUGUGGAAUAGAAGCUGAUGUUGGCUCUCUAA